GCUCUGUCCGGUGAACAGUAGCGCACGGACAGCGCCACUGACCAGGCGUCGAUAGGCCUUCGAAGUUUGAUAUCAGUGCGAGAUAUGGAGUUCCUAAGCGCCGAGUGUGCUGCUAGAUCGGCGGGACCAGCAAACACGCUGAUGUCGCUGCUGCUGCAUACGCUGAUUUCCAAAUAUUGUGAUCUUAGUGGGCAAAACCAGUGGCCGCCAGAUCGCGGCGAUUGGCUGGAUAAUGCUGGCGGCUUCGAUGAACCGUACGAUUUCGUUGUGGUGGGUGCGGGCAGUGCGGGUGCCGUCGUAGCUGGUCGGCUAGCGGAGCAAACGAAUUGGCGCGUCCUGCUGCUGGAGGCAGGCGGCGAUCCGCCGAUCGAAACGGAAUUUGUCGCCUGGCACAUGGCCACACAGUUCUCCGAAUGGGACUGGCAGUAUCAUACGCAGCCGAAUGGACGUGCCUGCAUGGCCAUGCUCGGCGAGAGCUGCCAUUGGCCGCGCGGUAAGAUGCUGGGCGGCACGAACGGCAUGAACGCUAUGAUCUAUGCGCGCGGCACACGCACCGAUUUCGAUGACUGGGAAGAACGCGGUAAUCCGGGCUGGGGCUACGACGAGGUGCUCAAGCAUUUCCGCAAGGCGGAAGAUCUGCGCUCCACACGGCCAGACUAUAAGCCCGGCGAUCAUGGCGUUGGUGGACCCAUGGGCCUCAACAACUACGUCUCGGACAAUGAGUUCCGCUCGACCAUACGAGCGGGCAUGCUCGAGAUGGGCUACGGCAGUGCGCCGGACUUUACGGAGGGCUCGUUUGUCGGCCAAAUGGAUAUAUUGGGCACUCAGGAUGGCGGACGUCGCAUAACCACCGCCCGCUCUCAUCUCCACAAGGACACGCCCAAUCUGCAUAUUGUGCGACACGCACACGUCAAGCGCCUCAACCUGGACAGCAAGAAGAGAGCCGAGAGCGUCACCUUCGUGCAUCGCGGCGAAAAGGAGUACACGGUGCGUGCCAGCAAGGAGAUUAUCCUCUCGGCGGGUGCCAUUGGCAGUCCACAGAUUCUAUUGCUCUCAGGCAUUGGCCCUGCUGAGCAUCUGAGAAGCGUUGGUGUGCCCGUUAAGCUGGAUCUACCCGUGGGUCGCAACCUGAAGGAUCACGCCAGUUUGCCCGUAAUCUUCCAGAUCGACAAGUCGACGGCCCGCAAGCCCACUGAGGAGGAGCUGGUGGAUGCCAUGUUCAACCUGCUGAUGGGUCGCUACAGCAAGCUGUUGCAUCACGAGGCAACUGCACUGACGGGCUUCAUCAACACCACCUCGUUGCAUGGUCCCAAUCCGGACAUACAGACAACCAAUUUCUUCAGUCUGAUGCAGAGUCCGGAACUGCGUGGCUAUGUGAAGGCCACCGGAUUCAAUGAUCGUGUGGCCAAGAGCAUUUUGGCCGCCAACGAAAAGUCCAAUACGUACAUCACCUACCUGCUGCACCUGAAGCCUUUCUCGGCGGGCCGCCUGGAGCUGCAGAGCGGCGACUUCUUAGAUCCACCACUCAUUGAUCCAGGCUACAUGACCGACGAUCGCGAUGUGGAGACCUAUAUACGCGCCCUCAACAUCUACAAGCGGCUGCCGGAGACGCGAGCCUUUGGCGAACGCGAGGCAGCCCUACACAAGGUCGAUCUGGAGGCCUGCAACGGCCUGGCCUAUCAGUCGGACGACUAUUGGCGCUGCUACAUACGCCACAUGACCACCACCGUCUACCAUCCAGUCGGUACGGCUCGCAUGGGACCCGCCAGCGAUCCCACGGCCGUAGUCGAUGCCCGUCUCCGCGUGCAUGGCGCCAGUGGACUCCGAGUAAUCGAUGCCAGCAUUAUGCCCGACAUUGUCGGCGCGAAUACGAAUGCUGCUUGCAUUAUGAUUGGUGAGAAGGGCGCCGAUAUGAUCAAGGAGGACUACCUGGGCGCCAGCCAGCACACGGAGCUAUGAGUCCCUUCAUAACUGAACAAACGAGAGCUACAAUGCAUACUCCAUCCAUUUAGCAGAUUAUGUAUAAAUGAUCUUCUUUAUUUUUUUUUCUUCUUCUUAAUUCUUUAGUUAGUCAAUAAAGCGAGCACGUUUCAAAAAUGGUA